AUGGAGGGCUGGCGGGGAGCCUGGUAUGUGCCAUGCCUAGCUUCACAUGAGACCCUCCAAGAAUUAUGUAGGAAGGAAAAUCUCACAUGUAAAUCCAUUGGAAUCACCAACAGGAGUCUAAAGAGUUAUGAGGUGGAAUAUUUGUGUGACUACAAGGUAGAAGAGGGCAAAGCAUACUAUCUUGUGAAAUGGAAAGGAUGGCCAGAAUCUUCAAAUACUUGGGAACCUCGGAAACAUCUGAACUGCCCUCUGCUUAUUCAGAACUUUCUUAGAGACAAGAAUGAAUACUUGUCUCGGGGGAGAGGAGGCAAAGCAAUGAAACUGAGAAACCACGUUAAAACUCUGAAACCUGCAAUUGCAGAUUAUGUUGUAAAGAAGGCUAAACAAAGAAUAGCUCUGCAGAGGUGGAAAGAAGAACUCAACAGGAAAAAGAAUCACAAAGCAAUGAUUCUGGUAGAAAACACUGUGGAUCUUGAAGGCCCUCCUUUAGACUUCUACUACAUCAAUGAGUAUAAACCUGCUCCAGGAAUAAAUGUGCUCAAUGGAAUAACAAGUGGCUGUGAAUGUGCUGACUGCCCUGCUGAGAAGUGCUGUCCAAAGGAGGCUGGGUUUAUUUUGGCUUACAAUAAACGUAAGAAAUUGAAAAUCCAGCCUGGCUUGCCCAUCUAUGAGUGCAAUUCAUAUUGUAGGUGUGGGCCUGACUGCCCCAAUAGGAUUGUGCAGAAAGGGACCCCAUAUUCCCUCUGCAUCUUCAGAACCAACAACGGCCGUGGCUGGGGAGUAAAAACCCUCCAGAAAAUUAAAACCAACAGUUUUGUGAUGGAGUAUGUUGGAGAGGUGAUUACAAGUGAGGAAGCAGAGAGGCGAGGCCAGUUCUAUGACAACCAGGGAAAUACUUACUUGUUUGACUUGGACUAUGACUCAGAUGAAUUUACAGUAGAUGCAGCUCGAUAUGGAAAUGUAUCCCACUUUGUGAACCACAGUUGUGAUCCAAAUCUUCAAGUCUUCAAUGUGUUUAUUGAUAACCUCGACUUGCGUCUUCCUCGAAUAGCGCUGUUCUCUACCCGGACCAUCAAGGCUGGAGAAGAGCUAACCUUUGACUACCAGAUGAAAGGUUCAAUAGAUCUGACUUCAGACUCUGCUGAAGGUCUUAGCCCAUCCAAAAAGAGCAUCAGAACUGUCUGUAAAUGUGGAGCCAUGUGUUGCAGAGGUUAUCUCAACUGAGUUCGGGUAUCCAAAGUCACAAAUAUUUUGUUCUUUUUUUAAUGUGUUUUAAGAAGACUCUUCUUUCACACAUAUAUUCAAGUAUUCUUACAUCUAAUCUAAACAAGGAUGGUGAAAACAAGGUAUUGUGUUUGUAAUUGAAAUGGCAUUGGCCAAAGAAAGAGAUUGUAGUGUUUCAAGCCGAUACAGAACUGCUACUGGGGAUUAAAAAUUCUAGAGCAGUUGUUUAAGAAGCUGUAAAAUGGAUGCAAAGAAAACUCUAAUGUACCUUGAUUUGAAUAUUCCUAGAGUCAUAGAAUAAGCUGGAUUGGAAGGGACCCUCAAGGAUCAUUGUGUCCAACUCCUAGCCUUGCACAGGACAUCCCCAGGAGUCACCCCAUGUGCUUGAGAGCAUUGUCCAAACACUUCUUGAGCUCUGCCAGGCUUGGUGCUGUGACCCCCUCCCUGGGGAGCCUCUUCCAGUGCCCAGCCACCCUCUGGAUGAGAGAACCUUUUCCUAAUAUCCAGCCUAAACCUCCUGAUCCAGUCUAAACCUCCUGUGACUCAGCUUCAAGCUACAUGUUUUCUAUACCUUGAGAAGUCAGGAGGCAUUUGAUUUGAAUUCUAAAUCUUAGUUGACAGUUCUUUUGCUUUUUUGUUAUAUAAAGAAAAGCUUGAAGAUCUUAGUAAUAACAUUUAUGGCACCAGGGUGAGGGAUUAAGGAGAGCCAGUGUGUAAAUAAAGGUUCACAGGAGUGCAAAUUGUAAAAUGACCAUGGAAUUGUAAAAUGUCCAUGCAAAGGAAAUAAUUGCAGAAAGAAAAUUAGAGAGGCCAAAGCUCAAUUAAAACUUAACAUAGCCACUUCUUUAAAGGAUGGUAAAAACUGUUUUUAUAAAUACAUUAAUAGCAAAAGGGGGGCCAAGGAAAACCCCCAUUCUUUGUUGGACACAGUGAGGGAAUAUGGUCACCAAAGAUGGGGACAAGGCUGAGGUACUUAACACCUUCUUUGCCUCAGUUUUCAACAUUAAGACAGUUGCUUUGUCCUCAGGACAACUGGCCUCCUGAGCUGGAGUAGAAUAGUCCCCCUGUGAUCCAGGAGGAAGCAGUUAGAGGCUUACUGAGUCACUUAGAUGCUCAUAAGUCCAUGGGAUCCAUCCUAGGGUGAUGAGGGAGCUGCAGAUGAGCUCACCAAGCUCAGCAUCAUGUACCAAAGGAGGCUCAGG